AUGGCCGCGAUAGAGCUGUCUCAGCGUCUCCGGGAGGAGGUGACCUGCCCCGUCUGCAGGGAGGUUUUCACCGACCCGGUAACCCUGGACUGUGGGCACAGCGUCUGCCGGGGGUGUCUCCCUCAGAGCCAGGGAGCACCCGAGAGACCCCCCUCCUGCCCCGAGUGCGAGGAACCUAUCCGGCAAGAUGUCCUCGAAUCAAAUCGCCGCCUGAGGAAGUUGGCCCUGCUCGCCCGACAGCUCAGCCAGCAUUUCCAGCCAAGGCCGGAAGAAGAUGGCGUCUGUGGGAGACACCAAGAGGACUUUGACCUGUUCUGUGAGGAAGACAAAAUGGCCAUCUGCCUGGUGUGUAGCCGGUCCCGAGAGCACCGAGGGCACGCUAUCGUCCCCCUAGAAGAGGCCUCCAGAGGAUACAAGGCGAAGUUUCAAGUGAUCCUGGCUAAUUUGUCAGAGCAGAUGGAGGACAUUGAAAAGUUGCUGGGCCGAGAGAAGGAUAAAGAUAACCUCUGGAAGGAGAUGGUGGAGUCUCAUAAGCAGAGCAUCCAGAGAGAAUUUGAGAAGAUGAGGCGCUUCUUGGCGGAGGAUGAGAAGUUUCAACUGCAGCAGCUGGAGUUUGAGGACCAGAAGAUGAAGCGCAGACUGAAGGAGAACAAGGAGGAAUUGUUCCAGCAUAUCUCCUCUCUGAGGGAGCUCGCCGUCGAGCUGCAGGAGAAGAUGGCGAUCCCGGACCUGGAGUUGCUCCAGGAUGUAAGGAAAACCCUGAACAGGAUCGAUUCUGUCAAGCUGCAGAGACCCAAGCCUAUCCGCAUGCACCUGAAGACUGUUUGCCAGAUCCCGGCUAUGAGAGAGAUACUAAGCAGAUUUAAAGAGAACGUGACUCUGGAUGAGGACACCGCCAACCCCAUGCUCAUCAUCUCUGAGGACGGGAGAAGGUUACAAGCGGGAAUCACGGCCCUGGAUUUGCCCGACCACCCUCAGAGAUUCGACCGGUAUUCCCUCGUCCUGGGGUCCCCUCGCUUCACCUCAGGGAUCCAUUACUGGGAGGUGGAUCUGGGAGACUGGACCUCCUGGACCCUGGGAGUGUGCAGGGAGUCCGUCAACAGGAAGGGAGCGUUCGUCACCUCACCGGAAAAUGGAUUUUGGGUAAUGAGUCGAAACAUGACCGGAGGGGAGGCUUCCGGCACCGAGUUCUCCCUCAAACUGAGAGAGCUCCCUCAGAACAUAGGAGUCCUGCUGGACUACGAGGCCGGAGAUGUUUCCUUCUACAGCGUGCCUGACGGAGUCCUCCUCUUCGCCUUCUCCAGCUGCUCUUUCUCCGGGCCGGUACGACCUUACUUCGGCCUUGUCCGCACAGAAUGGGACACAGACGACUCUUUCCUCACCAUCAACCCAGUCGUCGGGCCGACUGAGGGAGUCCCACCCGCUGCUCACGGUGGAGCCCCUUCUCCAGUCCUUGGGACCCAUCAGAUUUGCCCUUCUGACUUCAUGGUGUCACCUCACAGCCCUCGGUCCCCACCCCCUGAGGAUGAUGCCCUGCCGCUCUGUCCCUGA